AUGAGCAGUUCAAGACUCUUGGACCUGGUCUCAACGGUCGCCACAGACACGAUGAAGCGAAUGUUCGAGACCAGUUCCACUGCACAUUAUGGCGCAUCUGGUCUGACUGGGUCUGUCGCGACAGUCACUGUGGAGAAGACGAAGAAAGCAUUGCAUGAAAAUACCGUGGGUGAGGAUGCCACCACGAUUCCGUCCAGCAGCCCAGACCUUGUCUCGAAGUCAGUUUUUGAGUUGAAGGCGAAGGGGUUACAGAAGAAGACGAGUGCAGGCCCCACAGCAGCGACUACCGCAGAAAACAAGACCACCGCAGAAAACAAGACCACCGCAGAAAACAAGACUACCACAGUAUACCAAAGUAAAUUAAAGAUGCCGAUGACGCGACAUGAGUUGAACGGGCUCGAAAUGCCUUGGUCCGAAUGCCGACUCUUAUUCAAUUCAGAAACUCGUAGGAAUCUCCCUCCGCCCUCGAUAGGGGCAGCGGUCGGAAAAUAUCCCUGCGAGGGCAGUGGACAAUUAAUGUGUACAGGAUCAUUGAACACCUGCCAUAGAUUUGGUGGUGUUUGGGCAUACGACAUCUUUGCAGUGAGGGAAGCGAUUGAUCAUUAUCUGAAAAGCGUGGGAAUAAAGUGCGUUGCCCGGUGCGAUAAAGAGGAAGAAGUGGUGCGCCGUUUGUGGGGUGAGACCUCAAGGCGUCUUCCCUUUAUUCCUCGCUGCCCUGAUAGGGGGUUCAUGGACUCUACGCAAACCCCCAAAGUUCCCGAAAUGAGGGAUUUCGAUGACAUGUUGCUAGCGCGCUAUGCCGUCAUAAAGAGCUGUUCAGGGAAUUGUAUUGGCUGUUUGCGAGACGGCCCGGCCGAGAGUUGUUCCUGUGAUUUUGCAGAGGUCAAGUGUCGCGUUAGGGCCGAGGGAGAAUUGCAUGAGCAAUGGAUCAAAUUAAUUGGUUACAAUACGACAGUGCGAGACGUGAUGAGACGGAUGUCUCCGUUCAACACGAAACACAAAUCGUAUGCGACUUACAAUUGCCGGUACGAAUGCCGUAAGAUGAGACCGGAGCUUGCUUCCGUUAGUAACUUGCGAACUGUGGAAACGGAGCCCACGAGUCCGGAAGAUGCUCUGAAACUGAGAUUGAGCAGACGCGAGUUAAGUAAGCUUCAAUUGCCUUUGAAGCAGUGCAAAAAUUAUCCUAAAGGUGGGUGGCAAAAGUUGCAGGGGCUCGGUAGACAUCCAUGUGACGGUGGAAGCGGAGUAAUGACCUGUAAAGAAAAGAACGAGUUACUUUCCUGGGAUGACUGGCAGCUGAAAUUCAACUCGCCCUGGAAGGAUGUGCCCUUCCUCUCUUGUCAUCGUUUUGGUCCACUCACGAUGAAUGCUUUUGCAGUGGAGGAUGCGGUUAGACAUUAUUCAUCAAAUGUUGGAGACUGUGUUGUGCGCUGCGAUUCAAAAUCCGACCAACGGCGUUCCGUGUGGGAUGAAGCACACAAACAUUUGUUCGGCACAUUGCCCGGUUAUGUUCCGGAACGAGUUGGCUAUCGCGAGGGUAAGAUUCCAGAAUGGGAAUUGGGGCAUGUGCUGCCCACAUUCUUCCCUGCCGACCGAAGUUGUUCAUCAACUUGUGGUUCUAUGCUACGACCCUGCGACAAUGUCCCCAACUGUGUGUGCCGCGUUGCGCACAGUAAAUGCCAGACCGAGUUCGAAGGCAAGUCCCAAACUGUUGAAUCGUGGGGAUUUGAUACACGCAUGGAGGACGUAUUUAAAAUGCAAUCUGUUCCCAAGGCUAACAUCAAAUCCGGACACGACAAAGCCAAAGACCUCCGUCUCGAUACCUGCCAGAACGACUGCCACGGCGUCCUGUGGUCAUCAGAGAAUGUCUGA